AUGGCCUCGGUCGGAGCUCUUGAGCAGGAGAACUCCAGACUGAAAGCUGCUCUCGAGGUAGCCAAUCAAGAGGUCAGCCGACUGAAGAACGACAACGUGGCUCUGCACGACAAGGCAGGUGAGCUAGCGGGGAAGAGGAACGAUCUGGAGGCUUAUCUCGGUGGACUCGCCAAGAAGCUGUUCGUCGUGCUCGAAGAAUUCUGUCAGAACUUUGAAGAGGAGACCAGUCGAGUGGAGCCAGGCUUGGACCCUGCUAACUCCCUUGUGAAGGACGAGGCUGCAAUGAACGUGCUCCGUCUGGAGUCUCGUAUUGCCAGCGUGGUUGACUAUCUUGAAAUUUUUCCUUAUUACAUCUCGUCCGAGUGA